AAUUACGUACAUUGUCAUGCGAGUUUAGUGUACCACUCCCGUGGUCGACUAUGUUGUGAUAAUAAGAAAUUUUAGACCUUUAAACCGGUUCAGUGCGUUGUUACUUUAUUUUUCUGCUUUACUGUUGUCGCAAAAUGGCAUCUCGCACGGUCGGAAAGCUUUUAUUUUCUAAAUUAACGGCGAGUAGUGUAAAGAGCAUCAAUUUUACCCAAAAUGUGAGGUUAUUUAGCAGUCCGGCCCCAGCAGCAGCAAGUUUCGAGUUCAUAAAGGUCGCUAAAGCGGGGGCGAAGAACAACGUGGGGAUCAUAACCUUAAACCGCCCGAAAGCUCUCAACGCGCUGUGCAAUGGCCUCAUGGAAGAAGUGGCCAAUGCUUUCGAUGUCCUCGAAGCAGAUUCUUCAGUCGCAGCUAUUAUUAUAACCGGAAGCGAAAAGGCGUUUGCUGCGGGUGCAGACAUUAAGGAGAUGGGCAACAACACUUAUUCUCGGUGCGUUGCUGGGAAUUUCCUUGGCCACUGGAAUAGAGUGGCUGCGGCAUACAAGCCCGUGAUUGCAGCCGUUAAUGGAUACGCUCUCGGCGGGGGAUGCGAGCUAGCAAUGAUGUGCGACAUCAUCUACGCCGGUGAAAAAGCCAAGUUUGGCCAGCCCGAAAUCCUCAUCGGUACCAUCCCGGGCGCUGGCGGCACCCAACGUUUGACUAGGGCUGUCGGUAAAUCGAAAGCCAUGGAAAUCGUUCUCACAGGGAGUCAGGUAUCGGCACAAGAAGCCGAGAAAAUGGGCCUCGUGAGCAAGGUUUUCCCAGUCGACAAACUCUUAGACGAGGCGAUAAAACUGGGGGAGAAAAUAGGCAGUAAUUCUCAACUUACGACGGCUAUCGCGAAGGAAUGCGUCAAUACUGCGUUCGAAACGACUCUCGAGCAAGGCUUGCACUUCGAGAAGAGGAUGUUCCAUGGCACUUUCGCCACUAAGGAUCAGAAGGAGGGUAUGGCGGCUUUCGCUGAGAAACGCCCUCCAAAGUUUGUUAAUGAAUAAAAAUUUAUUCAAUCGAGA